AUGUCCCUGGAAUUCACAUACCCUGACCCAGGUUUCUGGACAGCAACUUCUUUAAUCCAACUUGGAUAUGGCAUAUGGGUGAACUUAUCCAUAGUUACUAUUGGACUCACGUUCGGCUUCUCAGCAGUGGCCAUACCACAACUGAAUUCACCAGAUUCUGAAAUAUUUUUGACCGUGGCGGACGAGUCAUGGAUUGCUAGUGUCCUCACCUUGGUAUCACCGAUUGGUUGUGUAAUAUGUGGAUACUGCAUGGAUAACUUUGGGCGUCGAAUCAUGCUUGUUCUCAGUGGUAUACCCGUGGCUAUUGGCUGGUUUUAUACUGGUUCCGCGCAAACCGCUUUCCAGAUUAUAAUAGGGAGAGUCAUCACUGGAAUAGGCAUCGGAAUGGUGAUGAGCGUACCCAGAGUGUACAUGACGGAGAUUUCCUUACCAAACAUGCGGGGGGUGAUUGGCUCCUUUCCCAAUAUUGCUAUGUCGAUCGGAAUUACGACUCAGGCUGGCUUAGGAUCGUUCUUAGACUGGACAAUACUAUGUUAUAUUUGCGGUAUUUAUUCAUGUAUUCUCGUGGUUUGUAACAUUUUCCUUCCUGAGACACCGUAUUACUUAUUACAAAAAUCGUCAAUAGAAGACGCAGAGGAAUCACUGAAAAAGUUUCGCUCAAAGAAACAUAAUAUUGAUGCAGAGAUGGAUGAAAUGCUAGAUUUUAAAAUUGAUAAUAAUAUACGAAAGUUAACAUUAAAGGAGCAGAUUGCAGCAAUGUUUAUGAAGUCUUCCUGUAAGCCGUUCUUCUUGAUGUUUAUGUAUCUGCUGAUCACUCAGGUCUCUGGAGUUACUAUAGUUACGAUGUGGGCUGUUGAUAUUUUGGAGCAUUCAAAGUCGAGUGUGGACGCUCACAUGGCGAACGUCAUGUUGGGCAUUACAAGACUCCUGGCAGGAAUACUAACAUCGGCUCUUAUCCUUAGAGUUGGCAGAAGACCUCUAGCACUUAUAUCAGGUUUCGGAGUGGGUGUUUCUGCUAUUAUCCUAAGCUUUAUAAUGAUAUACAUGGACUAUCCCAGUGUAUACCCACAAAUGUGCUAUGUGGCUUACAUAACAUUCGCGUCUUUGGGACAUUAUCCACUACCCGUUCUUGUUAUGUUUGAAUUGUAUCCUUUGCAGAUUCGUGGCAUUUUGGGUGGAAUAUCAAUAGCAAUACUAAACUUUCUCAUGUUUGGCGCCAAUAAGAGUUUUCCCUAUGUGCGGGACGCGUUUGGUUACGCCGCUACUAUUAUGGGCUUUGGAGUUAGUUCCUUAUUAGGCUGCCUCUUCCUCUACCUCUAUCUGCCCGAAACAAAAAAUCUCACACUUCAAGAAAUAGAGGAAUAUUAUAAAGACUUACGUCCAACCCUGACCUCCCAAAGACGGAUAAAGUCCGAAAUGUACUUACGGAAUGUGCCCAGUGGUGUCAGCAAAUCGUUAAUUCGAAUGGACAGACACAGAGACAGGUCUAUGAGCUUGCGUAGAAUGUCACCAGAUCUUGGUAAUAAGGCUCCAGACACAAAACAAACAGACAAAGCUAAUGCGGAUAAAAGUAAAGAUGCAGAUAAGAGUAAGGAUGCAGAUAAAAGUAAGGAUGGGGAUAAAACUAAGUGA